ACUCGGGUCGCUGAGCUCUGGGGCUUUAGGGGAACCGGUCGCCCAGAGCGCCACGUGACCGGUUUGUUUACAAACACAGCCCGCGGGCCCCGAGAGUUUGCAACUGAGGGCACCCGCUCUGGGGCAACUGGAGUCCGGGCUCCGGGUACGUCCCCGGCGCGGCGGUUCUGGACGCGUCUCCUGUCCUGCUUCCUCCGGCACCUAGGAGCUGGGAAAGGUCCCCAGAGCGUGGCUUCGGGGCCAGCAGCUCAGAAGUGGCCCAAGGGAGGUUGAGGACCAAGAACGAGACCUUGGACUUGCCGGAGACCCGAGUGCCUUGGCAAGCUUCUCUUGAAGAAAGCGAUCGGGACCCUAGGUUCACUCCUCUUCGGAGCCCCGUCCCAGGCUGCUGACAACGUGCUGCAGACUUCUGCCUGCAAGGGAGUCCUUCCUCCGAAGCCAUUGCCAGUGUGUGGAGCCUGCCCCACACCCGCCACCUGCCAAAACCACGGCCUUUACCUGUGUCUUUCGGUGUUUCCCCUGCGACCCAUCCUGUGGGAGCACCUCCUGGGCCACCCCUGAGUUUGCGCAGCAUUCAGUGGCAGCUCCAAUGGUGAAGAUGACGAGGUCCAAGACUUUUCAGGCAUACCUGCCUUCCUGCCACCGGACCUACAGUUGCAUCCACUGCAGGGCUCAUCUGGCCAACCAUGAUGAACUCAUUUCCAAGUCGUUCCAAGGAAGUCAAGGACGAGCUUACCUCUUUAAUUCAGUAGUUAAUGUGGGCUGUGGACCUGCAGAAGAACGAGUGUUGCUAACGGGGCUACACGCAGUUGCUGACAUCUACUGUGAAAACUGCAAAACCACUCUGGGCUGGAAAUAUGAGCACGCCUUUGAAAGCAGCCAGAAGUAUAAAGAAGGCAAAUACAUCAUUGAACUGGCACACAUGAUCAAGGACAAUGGCUGGGAUUGAAUGGAGGGAGUGACCCCCACCCAGUGUCUGAAUGAAUGCCAUCCAACUGAACAUUAUAUCCAAGAGGGGAGAGAGUGACUGAACACUUGGUUCCAUCCCUUUAGAGGCUUUGGCAUCAGGAGCAUCCUCCCACCCUAUCUCCAUCUUUAUUGGUGACUGGCCUCUAAAUUGCUGUCUCUCUGUUUCUUUGCUUUGUAUCUGUUUGUGAGUUGACCCUGGCUUCUCUCUCUGUUCUAGUGUUGGCUAAAAACAACGGAUGCACCGAGAGCUUGGCAGCAUUCUACUUUAAGGAGAGUCCCAGGGAGCCCCCCAGAGCUUAGCCACCUUUGUGUCAGGAUAGCAAUGGCAUGGGGGCGUGAGAAGGGAAGGAAGCCCUGAGUGUCCCGUCCCAGGGCAGGGGUGGGCAUGGGAGGGUGGAGCUAGGAACUGCUGCUCCUUAAAAAUCCUGGGAACCUAGGAACCUUGAAACUAUCAACUUGUCCAAAAGGACAAAAAGAAGAUUUAAAAAAAAAUACCUCAUGACUGAAUUCUCUUUGAAGCUUCUGUUCCUGACACCCAACAGUGUGCCAGGUUAGUGUGAGAGGAGGGCCUAACUCCUGUGGUUCAUGCAAUUGCAGGGGCAGGAGUCUGAUUGCCCUGAGCUGGUUUGGGGGCACCCUGUGUUAGCAACAGUCAGUGACUGUGGUGAGCUUGUUGUGAUAGGGUCUCAAAGAUUUGUUCCCUAACGAUCUAACCAUGCCCACUCCUACUCCAAGUUCUCACUUGUGCUUUCCCAUCAUGGCAAGUAUAGGGAUCUUCCCUUCACCGAGUAAUCAAGAUCCAUUGUUCCCUGGCAAGUAAAGAGGCCAGUGGCCUUGACCUGUAGCAAGUUGAUGGCUCUGAUAUCAGGCAGGGAAACCAUAGGAAAGCCAGCAUAGUUAAAACAACUCCAACUGUCUAGCCCGUUAUUGACUCAUGACCCUCAAGUGAGCACAAUGGAUGGGAGUUGGGAGGGAAGGAUUUGGGGGAAGAUGGGGAUAAUGAGGGGAAAGACAUUGCUUACUAUGGAGACCUCCCCACUUCCCCAAGGAUGGGUGGGUGGGAAAUCGGGAUGAUUUGACAUCCAGAGUUUGACUGGCUUUGCUUCCAGCCCUGUCUUUUAAGCUAUGGAAGAUAAACGCUUUGGAGAUUAUGGAUCUUUCAAAGCCCCAGUGUUAUUUCCCUGAAUUUGAAUGGGGAGGAAGCAUAGUAAUUAACCAAAGUGGCCCAGCAGUGGGGACCGAUGUCCAAUUUGAUGUCCAACUAGGAGUAACAAAUUCAAAUCUUACCUUUUCUUUUUUUGGAGGGUAGGAAUGAAGAGGGGACAUAACUUCGUGGCAUUAGGGCGAGUCGGAGGGGGAAACCCUAGCCAGCCAGGCUCAGGAGUAAAAAGCUUUGUCUUGCAUUUAAUCCUCCACACUGUGAUGUCUACAGCAAUCCAGCCAGUACCUGGCGCAUGAUGUGAGGCCCACUCAAACUUAGUUCAUUUCAUUUCUCAGGCUUUAAAAUACUCUUUAUUUUUCUGAUGAUCUUGUGUAUCAUUCUCAGCAUCUCAUUUCCCAAGGAGAUCGAACCUGAAAAAACUCAAGUCUCAGUUGUCACAAGUGGUUAACUCAGGAGCAUAGGGGAACCAGUGCAAUGGAGUAAGCUCUGAAGGCAGCAGACCCAGGGAACCCUUUGGGAUGGAGUCUGGGUUGGAGAGAAAAGAUAACUGUGGGAGGGCUAGGAAAGAAGUGGGAUUUCUGGGUCGCUGUCAGGUAGCAAGAUAAAUCUGGAGUCCAGGUGCUAACAGCUCAAGGUUGACCUAGACCUGGAGGCCUAGAAGCUCCCACAAAACAGAGUUUUUUGUCCUUUUGAUUGGCUGGUACAAAAUAUAACAUCACUUAUUUUCUUCCUUACAAAACCUAGUUUUUGGUUCCAUUUAAAACAACAACAACAACAACUCACAAUUAGAACAAGAAGGAAAAACAAAAACAAAAACCCAAAGAGCAUUUGGCAAGUCAGUUCUCAAAACACUCUACAAGAUGAGUAAGAAGGGAAACUGAGGCAUAGUUAGAUGACUUUGUUGCAGCCUCCUAUAGUAAUAUUCUUUGCUCUACCUCUAAUCCCCUAGAUUGCAUCAGAAAAUAGCCUGAGUUUUCGCAUCCUCAGACUAGCUUCCCAGCCCUAAAAUAGCUGGAUUCCUAUUCCUUCCCUAUGGAAGUAUGGGCCCUGGGCCCUUUCUUUUAUAGAUAUGGCCUCUGUAAGGAAAGUUUUACCUGGUUUUUAGGACUAAAAAUGAAAUGGAAAUCUGGCAGAUUUUUAACCAAACCCAGACAUGGCAGGAUACAUGAUGAGUUUGCAGAGAAGAUCAAACCCUGGUCCCACCCCCACUUUUUGCCCUGGGAAGGCUUCCAUUGCUCACUCCAUGAAUGGUGUAGACACUACCCAGACUCCUUCUGGGGCCGUGAGUAACCUUUCUGCAGUAUCUGAUGGGUGCACGGCACAACGGCCCCCUUCAUUAGGUUUCCCAUACAUGUUGACUAAACCAUAAGUGCUUCUUACAACUUUAGCUCCAUCCACGACUUGUUUCAUGUCUAGGAGCCCACAAAGGAGAACUCAAACUUUGUCAGACUUGUGGACUCAGUUCUUUCUCUAUUUGAUUUUUUUUUUCUCUUGAAAUUAUCUACUCAGAGCAUAACCAAAGACCUCACCCCUAGGCCACUGGUAGGUUCAGCCAACUGGGAGCUGGUGGGCAUAGCUGAGAGGGUGGGAGGAGAGAGGAAGGAAGGGAAGGGGGGAGUUCUUUACCUCAGCCAGCAGCUGCCUUCAUUUGGGACUGAAAAACCGUUAGUAGAAGCUCCAGUUUCAGCUCACUAUACUCCAUCUUUGGAUUGAGCUGAGAACCCUGUGUGCUGGGGCCUGUGGGCUCUCCGGGCGCUCUUGGCACCAGCUUGGAAGCUGGAUGUCAUUGGCUUGAGUUGGUUGGAGCAAAGCAGCUGCAACCCAGCUUGAUGAACACAGGUGUCCCAUCUGGGUCCUACAUCCAUACUUAGACAUGGCAAGGUCAGUCUAUGCUGGUAAGGAUUGAGCAUGCACAAAGGAAGUAUCCCCCUUUCAACAAAUUUUCAAAGGGUAAUAUAUACAGAAGAAAAAAAAGACAUUCUCUUGUGAAAUAUACUUUUGUAAAUAAUAUUUAAUUUUUUAAAAUAAUAUAUUUGGUGCUGUUUUCUCAGAGCCCCUGAGAGCACUUUUUAUUUUUUGUUUUAAAAUUUUACUGUUUCCUCUGCAUUUUUUGAAGUAUGUUUUAAGGGAAACAUAUACCUUUUUUUUUUUAAAGUCUGUCAUUUAGUCUGGGGGAGGCAAGAAAACUUUGCUUUUGCCUUUUCCUGGUGGAACUGAUGUGUAGUGAAUCAUUAGGUUGAGUUGAAAUGUUUUUCUUGCACCAGUAUUGGCUAGAAAAAAAACACUGAGGUGAAGUGAUGUUAGUUGUGUGGCUUCAAAGACUUCCUCUUAUUGGAAGGUCUUCAGGUCUAUUGUUUUUAAUUGUGCGUUUUUUAAAGAACAUUUUCCAUCGGCUCCUGCUUUUCUUUUUACUGGGGACAUUAUGUAAAAGUUUACACACCUCUUGUAGCAAGGCUUUUCUUUUCCUCCCUUCCCCCACUCCUUUGUGGUUUUUAAAAAAAAUUUCGUUUGCACUCUGUCUCUUAAGUGGACCAACAGCACAAGCCAUAGAGAAUGCAUCUUACCAUCCUGUGUACAGGCAGAGCUGUUUGCAGUGCUGGGUCUCUGGUGCACCCUCCCCUUCUUCUCUGUGGCACAACUUGGAUGAGCCACAAAUGAAAUCUAUUGUCCUUGUGGAGAUCCAAGAGUCAAACCUUGUAUGUUUUCUGUUUGCUAUGUGAGUGUAUUAAUAGUGUAUUCUGCGUUUUUAAAAGUGUUUUAAAAAGAAGCCUCACCAUAAACAGGAACUAGUAUUUGGUCGAACAGACAUGAAAUGUACACAUGCCUCUAGGUAAACAAAUUUGUGAGGUCAGAAUCCCUCAGGGUCAGGAAGAGGCCUGGGAAAUCAAAUUCUGGAAAACAAUCAACUUAUAUGUUUUUUAAGUCGGUCCAAAAAUGAAAAAUCACUAUGGGGAAGGGAGGGGGGAACAUUUAAUUUUCAAAUUAAAAUGUACAAAAUAAUCUGUGGCAAGAUAAACAAAAAAGCAAAGAAUAAGAUGUAAGCUGUUCUCAACAUUACCAAAUUCUUAAUGCCCCUUAUGUUUUUUGUAUAAAAUUUUGGUAAGAAAGUGGGAGCAAAUUCCCCUUUUUCCUAUUUUGUGGAGACUAUCUUUUCAAUACCAGUCUGUCUAUUGAUGCUGUGUUUACAAAUUGUAUUUGUUGGGUUUUUGGGGGUGGUCUUUUGGGGCAUAUUUUUUCAGGUCACUUUGCUUCAAAGACAAAGGCAAUUGUUUUUCAAUAAUUUGUCUUCACCUUUUUUUCUUGUAUUUGUACAUAGUGAUUCAGUAUUAGAGGAAAGUGCAUUGUUUUCUCUCAUUUCUGAUCUGUGUUGGUGCUCAUUUGAGAAAAUAAAGUUUUCAAGUAUUCUGA